CAUCUAAGCAGUUUGACUUUCAUUUGCUCUAAAGGAGAACAUCUAUUUACUAUUAGGACUGGUCAUUUCUGGACUUAACCUGUUGACUAUAUCGCUUACUCUCGAAUUCGAUUCAUCCGUCGAUUUGCGGGCAGAAAUACCAGCUACAGCAUCAAUCUUGAACGUCCCCUGACACUGUCCGCCUCUUUUUCCCUUCCUUGUGCGCAAUACCUCAGAUCGACGCGUUAAGCAGGUCGGAGCUCUGAUAAAGACCCUCAACUUGUUGGAAUGGUCAGCACAGGUUGAGCAGGGUCGAUCUUGGACAUAAUGUCUGGAAACAAUAGUCGACCGUCAAGUAAAGAUGGCCCAAGAAAAACAUCUGGUCGUCCAUGCUGGACAGUGUCGCAAACGGAAAGCGCUUGCCUGAGAAGAAUCUUUUGAUAUUAGGAGGAACACCCGAAUCACAGAGGGAGUUUAUAGAGACAUUAUCCGCGGACACUUCGGAUCCUACUUUGAUCAGCGAGAAGCCCAGGGGAAGGGUACCGCCAGUCGCCAAUCAAUUCGCAUUAGGAUACACGUAUCAUGACGUCCUGGAUGCCGACCAGGAAGAUACCUUGGCUCGGGUCUCUGCAUAUCUACUUUCCGAACCGUCCUUGUCCUUUGCACCGCUCCUCAAGCCACUCUUAACUCCUCAAUCAGUCCCAGAAACUCUAGUCGUAAUCCUGCUCGACUGGUCAGACCCCUGGACAUGGGUUCGAAGACUGCGGGAAUGGGUUCGUUUGCUCCGACAUGUCCUCAUCUCCCUUGACGAUGAGACAAAGAUCGUAAUGGAGGAGAUCAUGACCGAAUGGAAGGACCGAAAAAGGGGCAUGGAUUCCGGAGCGCAAGGGUUGGCCAGCUCUGGAGGACCAGUGGCGAUACCUCUCGGUCCAGGUGAAUGGGAUGAGGGGCUUGGGAUCCCCAUGUGCGUGGUUUGUCAAGGGGCGGAUAAGAUCGAGAAACUGGAGAAGGACCACGGAUGGCGUGAAGAAGAGUUUGACUUCAUCCUUCAGUUUAUGAGGACCAUUCUUCUGAAACAUGGCGCAUCGUUGAUAUAUACCACCCCGUUCCUCGCUAACUCCCUGCAGAGCUUGAUACAUUCGUCACUUGGAAUACAUUCAUUACUGAAGCGACAAUCGCUCAAGCACAAUGUGAUUGAUCGGGACAAGAUUUUGGUGCCUCCGAAUUGGGAUUCAUGGGGCAAGAUUCGAAUCAUCAGAGAGGGCUUUGAUAUGGAAGGUGUAUCAACUGCUUGGUCCAUUGAGAUCCAGGACCUUCCCGAGCCACUCACUGGAACCGUCGAUCGACCUCAGGAUGACAGCGCAAUGGGAGCCGAAGACGGGACCAGCGCUGUGACAGUAUUCGAACAAACGAUCACAGAUCCGAAGCGCAAUACCGCGAUGGCGCAUCCCGGAAGCCAAAAUAGCGCGAGUAAGAUUGAAGUGGAGACGAUGGACAUGCAGAGCUUCCUUGCCAAACAAUUAGAUGUCCUAGAGCAGCUGAAGCAGGAAGAUGAGAAGGAUCGUGCCACGAAACAAGUGCCUCAACUUGAAAUGUCGCCUUUGGAAGACAACGGUCGGGUCAACGAGCACAUUGGGCCGGUGCAAUUCAACAUGGGAGGUAUCCAGGUCGACGCUGACGACAUGCUGCGGAAACUCAAAGAGAGAGAGGCUAGCCGAGUCCAGAGAAAAGAGGUCGUUUCGUCACCGGGGGAUGAAAAGGCACACAAUCAAGCGCUGGCGAAUUUCUUUGCAGGCUUGGUCAAAAAACCUGGAACGAGUCCGCGCGGAAGUCCGUCGGCUUGAAUACCGGCGAGCUGAGUUGAGCGGCCUUUUUAAUUGUACUUUUAUCGUUCCCGUUCAGUACAUACUCCAAGGAUCGAGGAUAUCGGCUUGGCGACGCUCUUUGUUUUCGAUACCAGAAUAGCCUGUUACGGUGGAUUAGGAGUCUUACAGUUGGGCGACAUAUCUGACUAGCACAUAUUCCCUUUGUCUAUCUGCGGAGCUAUAUUCUAUCCAACCGAAUGAUAUCAUAAUAUGACCACCAAUAGUAAUACUGUUGGGUUGUCUCAGGA